AGCUCUAGAGGACCGGGAGACGAGUGGAAGCUGUCUGGCCUAGUGGACUCGUCGACCAUAAAGACGCCUGUCUCUAGCACUCAGACCCGACCACAUCAUCCACAAAACACAACCAUGACCAUUGUCGCAAAAGACGGCGCGUCGACUGACUCAGCAUACGGCGACGAUUCAAAGUCAUCCUACGCGAGCUCUAGUAGGGAUCUACCUCCUCCUCAGGCAGACGGCCCAGGCCUUCCCUCGUACAACGAAAGUAUAGCAGGCACAUCCUCCCAAACACAAACUCCUACAUCUGCCUUACCACCAGCUACCAACUUUGUCUACAUCAACAACUCGAAUGGUCCUGUUCAUGGAACUUGGGUCGUCGACACUGACAUGACUAUUCCUUCCGCCCUCCUUCCACCUCUCGGUCUGUUUGGUAAAGCUGCAGACCGCCAGCAUCUCCAUUUAGCCACACAGAUGGGUGAAGUAAAGGCCACUGUUGUCUUGACUGCAGGCUCGGCCACUCGGGCGAGGAUUAGGAUGGAGUCACAAUGUGGAAAAAUAAUCGCUCAAAUGAUGUCUCGCGUCAAUAGACAAGCAUUUAGCCUCAAGGCCGUAACCCAGUAUGGAGAGAUGAUAAUCUGCAUACCCAGAGACUACAUUGGACCCAUCAAAUGUAAAAGUGGAUGGGGAAAGAUUGAAUUUUCCGAAGCACUCCAGGCAAACGUGGUCAGCUUCUCGAGUGAGAUGGCCUUUGUCGGCAACUGGAACACCUCUGGCUUUAAUGACUACAAGACAUGGGAAGGGGACGAGGUCGAUGUCAAGACCCAGUGCGGAAAUAUUCGGUUCAAAUAUGCGGACGAGUUUGACCCGAAUGCACCGACAUUCAAUGACUCGAUACAGAAAAUGUUCACCAGUACCAUCCAGG